AAAGGCAUGGAUUUGAUGAUGGGUUGUUGAUGUGUGGUGGGGUUCUCCAUAUCCUUCUUUAUUUUUGCUUAGCUCCUCGAAAUUCAGAGUUCGCGGCGAGGAUCGUUUUAAUUUCGUUCAUGCUUGCUGAUAAACGGGUUCUAAAUACCACCUACGACGGGCAUGGUGGAAGAUGACCUCAAAAGGGGACAAAAACCUGGGUAGCUCUGACAAAGAGCUGGCUGUUAAAGCCAAAACAGAGUUCAACAAGGGCAACUACUCCAACUGCCUGCAAGUCCUGGAUAAGCUGCCCUCUGACAGAAAUGGUGACCUUAAACUUGCCCACAAUAAGGCAGUAGCCGAGUUUUAUAAAGGUGGUCUUAAGAAGACUGAGGCUUUUCAAAAAGCCCUCAAGUCUGUUUUUGAGAAGGCGAAGCUGCGGCCUGAACGGUUGGAGACGCUGGAGGAUGUGGACAACUGCAUCCUCUACUACAACUACGCCGUCAUCCUGUACCACUUGCGCCAGUAUCGGGCCGCGCUCGGCAUCGUCAGCAAAAUCUUCCGCUACAUCGAGCCCCUCGACGACUCGAUCGCCAAGCGGAUCUGUUGGCUGCUGACUGAGUGCUGCUUGAGCGCCCACCAGCCGGCCCAGGCGCUGGAGGCCAUCAAGUUCAUCGAAUCCAAGUUCACCGCCAAGCCGGAGGACGCCAGGAAGAAGGACGGCACGCUGACCAGUCUGGCGCUCCGCGUGCAUCGCUACCGGCUGCGCGCCUUCCUGCAGCUGCACAACAUGGCCGACCUCGCCUCCGACAUACGCCACAUGGCCGACACGGACAUGAGCAAGGCGUUCAUUGAGAGCUACAAGGAGUACCUGAGCGGCCAGGGCCGCGCCGCCGUCUCGGUGCUCAACCGGGUGGCGGCCAUGACGCUGCCGGCGUACCGGGCCACCGGCGAGCACGUGCCCACCAUGUACUACAACAACCUGGCCUGCAUCCACCACUACCUCAACAAGCCCAACGUGGCCGCCUACUACCUGCAGAAGGCGAUGGCCGAGAACGAUGCCGCCACCGCCGUGCCGCAGACCAAGGCCGAAGGGGACCGGUACGGCAGCGUGCCGAUCCACACCAUCGGCGGCUCGCGCCAUUACGAAAUCGUCUACAACAUGGGCCUGGCCAGCCUGCACGCCGGCCGGCCGAAACGGGCGUUCGACUGUCUGACGGAAGCGAUCCAGGUGUACCACACCAACCCGCGCCUCUGGCUGCGGCUGGCCGAGUGCUGCGUCAUGGCGCACAGACAGGAGCGGCACGGCGAGCAGGGCGCCGGUGGGAAGCGGCAGGGCCUGAUUCAGGGCACCAUCGGCGCUGGCACACACCGCAAGCUCGUGCUGCGCCCCACGACCACGCCCAGCAGCGGCUCUGACCAGGUGUCGGCGGCCAUCCCCAACCCGACGCUGGAGUUCGCCUCGCUGGCGCUGCGCAACGCCUGGCUCAUCCUGGGCGAGGACGGCGAGGGCGAGAGCCCGGUCACCGUCGAGCCUGCCAACCCGGUCACGCCCGACCAGGUGCAGACGAUCCGGUGCUCGGUGCUCUCGGCCGCCGCGUACGUGCACUUGUGCCUGGGUGACCCGGUGCUGGCGCUGGAGCACGCCUGCAAGCUGCUGCACCAGCGGCUGCUGGCGCCCGUCCAGCGCCUGCUAGGCCACCUGUACGCCGCCGAGGCUCUGGUGCUGCUCGAUCGCGUGGACGAGGCGCUCGAGCAUCUCAGUCACGAGCUGGGCGGGGACAUGUCUCUGCACGCGCCGGGGGUGACGCCGUCGCCGGUGGAGCAACAGUGGUACCCGUCCACGCCCCUAGGGGCGCGCAUGUGCCUGCAGUAUAACAUGGCCGUGGUGCGGACCAUCCGCGGCGAGCUGGACCGGGCCUGGGACCUGCUCAGAGUGAUGAACCCGUCGUCUCCGGAGGUGCCGCCGCAGGUGGUGCAGCUGGCGCUGUACCUGCAGCUGAAGCACGGGAACCUGGACAUCGUGCGAUCCAUCAUCAAGCAGCACUCGCCGCAGUACCGCUAGUGGCCGCCAGGCGACCACGUCCUUCGGGCCGCCGCCGGCGCCGGCCCCCGGGCGUCGCUCACGCAAUAUCCCCCCGCCGGCCGACCGGCUGG